AUGUAUUUAAUGAAGAAUUCAGGAAUUGUAGCGCAGAAUCCAAAGUGCAACGAUGUGCUGUGUAUGUCAUGUGAGAACUACUUCUUCGCGCAACAGAUUCCUUUGCGUGUCUUCGCAAACAAGAGGUCCGUAAAUACGAGACAAACCGCUAGUCCUGACGACUCAUAUAUCAUCUCUAAUCUCAAAUUAUAG